AUGUCUGAUAUUAAAAAGAGCUCGUUGGAGAUAAAUCAACGUAACUUGAUAGCUUCUUCUACAAACAGCACUGAAAAUUCAUACAAUGAACCAGCAGUUUACUACCCAAACGACAACGGGUUCAACAACAAUAGUCAUGAAAAGAAAUCGCGAUCAGAAAGUAUCGCCUCACUAUCAAAAAAGUCGAUAGAUCAAGUACGGAAAAGUUUACAAGGAGACCAAUCAUAUAACGACACUGAUUUAAACGACAAGCAGUACUCAGUACACCAAAUCUAUGGUGAUUUAAAUAGUGAGGAGAUUGAACUUCAACGAAUAGCCACAAGGAGAAGUAUCUUGGGUGAGAUUGAACACAAGAUAGCUGAUGAAGUUAACAAUGAAGAAUUGAAUGAAAAAGAGUUGGAUGAUGGAGUGAUUGAAGACCAAGUACUACCUGUUACUCAACACGGUGAGGAUUUCAUCAAAAUUGACCCUGAAUUGAUUACUUGGAAUGGGACUGAAGAUCCAGAGGAUCCAAGAAAUUGGUCAGCUUCGUUGAAAAUUUUCCUUUUGGGCUUUGUUUCCCUAUAUGCUUUAGUUGCACCAAUGUCAUCAAGUAUAUUAUCACCAGCAAUGAGUGAAAUCAGUGUUGCAUUUGGCAUCACAUCUGAAGUUGUUCAAGCCAUGGUUGUAUCAAUUCAAAUCUUGGCAUGGGCAUUUGGACCAUUGAUUAUUGCCCCAUUGUCAGAAUACGACAAUAUUGGCAGGAAAUUAGUUUUGGAUGUAUCGUGUUGGAUGUCAUUGUUUUUCAACUUGGGUUGUGCAUUUUCACAAAAUACAGCACAAAUGAUGGUGUGUCGGUUCAUUGGUGGAUUAUUUGGUUGUGUGCCUAUGAAUGUAUGUGCUGGGGUCAUAUCUGACUUGUUUGACGCCAACCUGAGAAACGCUGCCUUGGCUGGUUAUUCUUUGGUCCCGUUAUUGGGACCAGUUAUUGCCCCAUUGAUUGCUGGGUUCAUCGUUGAUCAUAUGCAAUGGAGAUGGUGCUUUUAUGUUUUGUGCAUGUUCAAUGGGGCUGUUGCCGUUGCUGCCACUUUGUUCUUCAAAGAGACCUAUGCACCAACAUUGUUGAAACGUAAAGCACAAAGAUUGAGGAAAAAUACUGGCAACACUAGUCUACACACAAUUUAUGAAAUCACAAAUGCCAGUGAAUCAACAUUUGGCAGAUUGUGGUUGUGUAUUGUUCGUCCUGUGAAUUUACUUUUAACCCAUCCAAUGGUUAUUGGAUUGGGUUCAUUUAUGGCAUUCACUUACGGGUUCAUGUACCUUUUAAUUGUGACAUUCCCACAAAUUUUCGAAAAGCAGUAUGGGUUUAGCAAAAGCAUUACUGGAUUGAUGUAUCUCCCCAUGGGUUGUGGGUUCAUUUUAGGAGUGGUAUUUUGGACGUUUAUGGUUGGUAGAGUGUACAAAAAAUUGACGAUUGCCAAUGGUGGAGUAGCCAAACCGGAAUUCAGAUUGCCUUGCUUAAUUGCUUGUGCUGUGUUCAUACCAGUUGGGCUAAUCUGGUUUGGCUGGUCAGCACAGAAGGAAUUGCAUUGGAUUAUGCCUGGUAUCGGUUCGGCAAUUUUUGCAUUUGGAUUGGUUUGUGUUUUCCAGACUAUUCAAAACUAUUUGAUUGAUAUGAAUGUUCGAUUUGCUGCUAGUUCGGUUGCUGCCGCUGCAUUGUUUCGUAGUUUGUUUGGAUACACAUUCCCGUUAUUUGCUAGGAAAAUGUACAGUGCUUUGGGGUAUGGUUGGGCAAACACAAUGUGUGCUUUCAUUGGAAUCUUGUUGGGAGUUCCAUUUCCAAUAUUCUGCUACUUGUACGGUGAAAAGUUGAGAGAGUCGUACAAUAGGAAGUUUGAGAUUAAACAACAAAGGAGGGAUCAAAAGAAUUUGGAGAGAUUGAAGAGAAAGAAUGGUGAUGAUGGUUGUAUGGUGUAA